AUGGCUCGCAGUACUGUUGACAGUAAUGUCAGUACUCGGCCCCCAGGGCCUGCAAUGCUGCCCGACCACUCGGCAAACUACUCUGUACAACUGUCGUCUUCUUCUUUAUCCUUUGCAUCUCCGUAUUCUCCUUCUGUGCAUAAGACAGAUCGAGUUCAACUUCCGGUGGAGCAAGCAUCAACUAUUCCUGUUGUGCAUGUCCCACCCUCGACUCAGGUGGGCACUUGGACUAUUCAAGGCCUGGGUGCAGAUCUUGCCAGUAUCAUAGGUCCUGCACCUGCCCAACCUGAUCCGGGACAGCAACGAUACGAUCUGGAGUCGGCACGCGGAUUCGACCGGAACAGCGAAACUACAGAACGAGCUGCACUAUUGGGAGUCCAGGCGGCCACAAUGGCACAGGCGAAGAAGGCAGUACAUCUCAUUGUCCAAGGUCAAGACACCGUCUCGGUCCACGGACCGACGUCGGUUUUCCAUUUUUAUGGAGACUCGUCUCCCUCGUCCUGUCCUACACAGCGGCCUACUCCCGACGACGGCACCCAAGCUCGUUCCACAGACAGACAGACGGGCCAAGUUGAGGAGGAGCGUCAGAUCCAACUCCAGCUGGUGGCCGAGGCCGCUCUGGCGCGACAGCAGGAACAUGAGACUUUGUUGCGAGGUCAAGUUGACUUUGACGGGGUCGACGUCGACACGGCCAGACAUCUCCUCGACAUCCACUGGAACAGACAUCACUGCGUGUAUCCCAUGACGUACCGGCCGCUCAUGAUGCGCGAUCUCUCUGGAGACGGGCCUUAUGCAAACAAGUUGUUGUGGAAUGCCAUCUUCUACACCUCGUCGCUGCACUCCGAUCGACCCGAAGUCAACGGAGGUGCUAGUCGUGAUGGCGGCGGUAGCAGCGGCGGCAAUCUUCAGCACAGGUUCUACCAGCGGUUCAAAACGCUCUUGGUCGACGAGAUGGAACGAUCCAGCGUCGCCACCGUGGUCGCAUUGCUGUUCAUGGGGACAAGUCUGGUGUGUCGCGGCCACCAGACCGCUGGAUGGCUGUACUGCGGAAUAGGCUAUCGCAUGGUCAUCGACUUGGGCCUGCAUCUGGACUCGAGUCAGAUGGUGCCUUCGGAAACCCUGUCCAACACGAACUCGAAUGCUCUCACUGCGCAGGAACUGGAGAUGCGUCGCCGAGUGUUCUGGACAGCCUACGUGCUUGACAAGUUCCAGUCUCUGUUCCUCGGUCGUCCCGCUGCGCUUCCGACCACAGGCGUCGAGCCGCGUCAAAUAUUUCUCGACACUUUCGAGGAAAAAGAGCUCUGGACUUCGUACAACGACCCGAAGAGACCGAAAUCGUCCUCAGACUCUUUCUCUCCUUGGCCAUCUUACACCAUGGCCAACUUCAAAGCCCUCAUUCGACUGGCAGAGUUAUCAUCCGAUAUCGUGAGGACCUUGUACGCGCCCCGAUCUAUCCUGCCCUCGGCGACAUUUUUGAAGCGGUUCGUCUUCGAUGUUCAAGCAAAGCUGCAAGCCUGGUCCGACAGUCUGCCCGCACACCUGCAGCUGAGCACGAGCCCCGAUAGUCAGCCAAAGGCAUUACCACCACACCACCUAACGACGCACGCGACCUUCUACACACUUCAAAUCCUUCUGCACCGACCCUUCAUGUCCGACGGACAUCUCGGCCACGUGACGAUCGACGGCGUAGAUUUUCGGAGAAAGUGCUCCGCGGCCGCGGUCUCCAUUCACCAUAUCGCAUGUAUGUACGAAUCGGCCCACACGUUCGAGCACGCACCCUAUCUGUUCUCAUACGCCGUAUUCUGCGCCGCGACCGUAAUCCCGCGCGCCGCCGACCAGAAGGAGAUGAUCGGCUUCUUCUGCAACGCGCUCCUGACCCUGCAAAGGGGGUCGUUGGUCGGUCUGAAGAAGCCCAUCAUCGUUAUCUACCAGGCAUUUGCGAAAGCGGGAAUCGAUGUGAAUGCUGUCGUGAACUCGACUUCGGCGGUUUCAAACCGGCGUAUGAUCCCGGUGCCUGUCCCUGACCCGGUGCCGACACCGGCGAUAACGACAGCGCUCAUUCCGCCUGCAGUCCUUGCUCCUGCACCUGCGAGUGCUGCCGCGCAGCAUUCGGUCACGAUCGGGUCCCAAGCUGGGGAAAUCAAUCUAGAUGGUAUGUCGUUGGGCGACUUGGAACAUUUUACAAAUCAGGAAGCAUGGCCAGAGUUCUGGGGUCAGUCUAUGGAGUGGUUUUCCAAUCCGGCCAACAUGACAUCUGACAUGCUGUUUGGUCUCUUCGAGUAG